AUGUUCUCUCGGGACACACAGCAACCGUUUCCGACGUCAAGUGUCAGGGAAGCAGACCCUCAGGUCAUUAGUUCGUCUCUCGACUCCACAGUCAGGCUUUGGGACCUGGCAGCGGGCAAAACCAUGGGCGUCUUGACGCAUCAUAAAAAAGGUGUUCGGGCUCUGGCCACGCACCCAAGCGAGUUCACCUUCGCAACAGGAAGCACGGGCAGCAUCAAGCAGUGGAAAUGUCCGGAGGGGGCAUUCAUGCAAAAUUUUGAUGGGCACAACGCUAUCAUCAACACAUUGAGCGUGAAUCAAGAAAACGUGUUAUUUUCUGGAGGUGACAAUGGCUCUAUGAGUUUUUGGGAUUGGAAGAGCGGACACCGCUUUCAGUCUUUGGACACAACGGCACAGCCCGGUUCACUUGAUGCCGAAGCUGGAAUUAUGAGCUCGACGUUCGACAGAUCAGGCUUGCGCCUUAUCUGCGGCGAGGCAGAUAAAACCAUCAAAAUUUGGAAACAAGAUGAAAAUGCCACGCCGGAAACGCACCCCCUUGUCUGGCAACCUUCACUGGCUCGCCGGAAGUUUUGAUAUCAUGGCGUCGGCCUUCUGUCAUAUCGCGAGGAAUUCUACAGCGUUCCAUAAUAUAGUGUCUUGAGUACGACUCAUAAGCCGACGCCCAUGGCCCUCAGUUCUGCAUCGUCUCUAAAAGCCAUCUUGAUCUCCUCGUCUCCCACUGCAAGUCGCAACUUGCACGGACGUUCUGCCCUUUGCGAUUCUAGAAUGAUGAUUCCAGCACCUGCGAGGUCUAUUGCGCCAGUUUGCAAGCACAUUUGUUCAGCCACUACCGUAUAGCGGCUGGGACGGACGCCGCCAGAUCCCAUAGGCAUCGACCCUUGCAAUGCUUGGAGCGUUGCUGGCAGUAAACUUACAGACGCCAGACUCAAAACACGUUGUACCUCGUCCAUAAUAUCGCCAAAUGUGGCAUCGCUUGUUCCGCUUUUCUGCGUUCGUGCCACCAAAGCAAAGAGCAACAGUCGUGGUCCGAGAGCGAGAGAGCGGAGAUACUGCUGGAUGGGGUUAGUCGUGGCUUCAUUGAUGGCUCUUCUGAUAGUGGCGAUGGUAACUCUGCCCCCGCGCUGUGUCGUCUUGAUGUCUUCGUUUCCGUGUCUGUGUGAUCCGUGGCUUGGAGUUGUGGGCACAGGUUGGGCCUCGGCUUCGGCAAGUUCUACUGCUCGUCUGCAUAUAUCGAGAGCUCUCCGAGCGUCGCCGCUGACGGCGGCGACUUUGCGGCUCGCGAACUGGAUUGCAUCCGGCUCUACGAGGUCGCCUGGGAUACCUUGUAGUCUUGACUGAAUGAUCUUCAUCAGUUGUUCA